UAAUCCAUUUAACCUUAACCCUAACCCUAACCCUCCUGACAUUCGUUUCCCAUUGAAGGAAGAAAUUGGUAAGACGGGGAGGGGAAGGGUUUCGCACAUAUUCAGGCCACUCUGCGGUCAAUGUCGCAGCUGAAGCCGAUUUUACAUCUCGACAACAUUCCAUCGACGCCUGGUAAGUUCAAGAUGGACAAAUCGUCUUACAUUUAUCGGCUUCGGUGGCAUUCUUCGCUAGCAAAGCUUGCCUUCUGGUCCUUUCUUUUCCUUGGCCUGAUUCUCAUCUUCUUCCUCCGAUCUCCUCCUUCUUCUCCAUCUUCUGAUCCCUCUCGCCGAUCUCUUCGUACCUCCAACUGGGGCGGCCCAGCCUGGGAGAAGCGUGUCCGCUCCUCUGCCCGUGUUCGCUCACGCAACGGCCUUUCUGUACUAGUCACUGGUGCUGCAGGAUUCGUUGGUACCCAUGUGUCAGCCGCAUUGAAGCGCCGGGGCGAUGGUGUCCUUGGCCUUGACAGUUUCAAUGACUACUAUGAACCAUCACUUAAGCGAGCUCGCCAGGCCCUCCUUGAGCGUACCGGAGUGUUCGUUGUUGAGGGAGAUAUUAAUGAUUCCGCUCUUCUUCGCAAACUGUUUGAUGUCGUCGCAUUCACCCACGUCAUGCACCUCGCGGCUCAGGCAGGCGUAAGGUACGCAAUGCAGAAUCCGGGUUCCUAUGUACACAGCAACAUUGCCGGGCUCGUUAACUUGCUUGAGGUCUGCAAGUCUGCCAAUCCACAGCCUGCAAUCGUCUGGGCUUCGUCGAGUUCGGUUUAUGGUCUCAAUUCCAAGGUGCCAUUUUCAGAAAGAGACCGAACGGACCAGCCUGCUAGCCUCUAUGCCGCUACUAAGAAGGCUGGCGAAGAGAUUGCCCACACCUACAACCACAUCUAUGGCUUGUCGGUUACUGGGUUGCGCUUCUUCACGGUUUAUGGGCCUUGGGGUCGACCUGACAUGGCAUAUUUCUUCUUUACCAAAGAUAUUCUUAAGGGGAAGCCGAUUCCGAUCUUCGAGGCCCCUGACCAUGGGACGGUUGCGAGGGACUUCACUUACAUCGAUGACAUAGUGAAGGGAUGUUUGGCAUCGUUGGACACUGCCGAGAAGAGCACUGGCAGUGGUGGAAAGAAGAGGGGGCCUGCACAAUUACGCGUAUUCAAUCUAGGAAACACUUCACCGGUACCCGUCACCGAUCUCGUGAGCAUAUUGGAGAAGUUGUUGAAGGUUAAGGCCAAACGGAUGAUGUUGAAGAUGCCUAGGAAUGGAGAUGUGCAGUUCACUCAUGCGAACAUAAGCUUGGCACAAAGGGAGCUUGGCUACAAGCCCACGACGGAUCUGCAGACGGGGUUGAAGAAGUUCGUCCGGUGGUACCUCAGUUACUAUGCAAGUUCUAGGAAGAAGGCUUCUGGGUGAAUCAUCUUCAUUGGUGUGCGGUAGAACUGUUUCCAUUCUUGUUUUUGAUUCUUACGAUUUUUUUUCCUUCUCUCUUCAUCCAUUUCUCUUCUCUUCAUAUAUCUUAAUAUUGGCAUAUAAGUGUCCUGUGGUAGAGAGGUCUUCGUGGUGAGUAGGAAUUGUUUGCAGGGCAUUCCUGAUCUGUAUCAAAAGAAAGCCGGAAGCAUCUCAUUUUUCAUUGCUUCUUUUCUUCCCCUCUUAAUUAGGAUUGUUGCUACGUGUAGUUUCAGCACUGUAUAAUCCACGGUUUAUAUAGGUAACAAGCAUCUGAUAUUCUGAUUGGUGGACUUCUUUGAUUAACUUGAUGGAUUUCAAUAAAAGCAUUACUUGC